AUGCAGGUAAUUCACCCCACCAUCGCGCUCGCUCUUUUCGCCAUAACGUGCUCGGCUGGCCCGAUCUCCCAGUUUACCCCCAAGAUCCGAGAUCUGGGACAAAACAGCCAUAAUCCUGGACCUACUGCAUAUUCCAGCCCGUCAUCACUCGGCAUACAUGUGCCAGCGGCUUCUAAGGAAGCCAAUGGUGGUCUGGAUGUUGUUCCCGUCACGCCUUCCGUGACGGCGGAUGGUACUCAGGCGGCGGUGCCACAGGCUUCAUAUACCUCUACUGAAAUUCCUGGAUCCUCGAUGGUUCCGGCGGAGGGGCACUCGGGGGCAGUUACCCCGUUGUUCUCUGCAGAGGCUACUUUGCCCUCGUCUACAGCGUACAGUUCUCAUGCAACAGUGGACCAUGAUACGUCUAGCUCUACCGAGAUUCCCAGCUCUUCCACACUUGCAGGGGAAGAGCAUUCGUCUGCGAUCGCUCCCUCGUUGUCUGCAGGAGCUAAUCUGUCUUCGUCGGAGUCAUCUGAGGGCGUCGUCUCGACCACUUCUCACUCUCAUUCGGGGUCCCACUCAGUGUCGACUCCGAGUGUACCCAAGUCUACAACCUCAAGCUCGAUUCCUGUUAUCAAGAACCGUCCGACGGCAGUAUCUUCACCUAAGCUUUCCACAUCUACGCCUAUUUCAAUCGCUAUCAUCUCACCAAGCUCAGCCCCGGCAAGCGCACCAACCACGACAUCCAGUCUGACCGUUGGUGUGGUUGGCCCCUUGUCUGAUGCCGGGACGACCAGCUCGUCUUCUUCAACUACUUCCUUUGCAACGUCUUUCCCAGAAACUACUUCUCCAGCGCCAACGGUGACCGAGACCACGACGUCCAGCUUGACUGCCGGCGUGGUAGGGCCGCUACCCGAGGCAGAUCCAACCACCGCUUCUUCCUCUUCAACAGCAUUCUUUGCAUCCUCCCUACCAGACACUACGCCCACAGAGUCAGCAGGCCAGAUCCGUAGCACCUCCAGCGCACAAACCACACCUACCACGACGCAGAGCACAAGUACAGCCGAAAGUACAAGUACAUCCAACUCCGCAACACCAGCCCCAUCCAUCGGAGAAGUUACAAGCAGUCAGCUCCAGAUCGCUAGCGCCACACCCGUCCUCACACCGGUGAUUGUCCUGAUUACACCGGGCGCAGAACCAACGCAGCCAGACCCAGACGCAGAUCCGUCUGGUCCCCUUCCUGGCCCUGGCCCUACCGAAGCAGAGGAGACAACCACAAUCCACGCUACAGCAACCAUAACCAAGAGUGUGGUUGUGUUUGCUUCCAACACUCCUACGGCUGAAGCCCCAGCUGCCAGUGCCGCGCAGGCGGAGGCGGGCUCGGGCUCAAAGGCCACGCCUACGGGGACGGCUACGGCUACAGCUACAGCUACAGUACCCUUCAGGGAUCCGGGUGAUGUCCAGUUGUCCAUUGUGCCUGUUACACCUGCGGGGGUGAUGACCGUGACCGCCACCGAGACCGAGACCGAGACGGUGACUGUGACGAAAACGGAGAGAGAGACUGUAACUCAGACGAUGACGGAGAGGGAGAGGGAGACUGUCACUCUGCGGGGAAAUUAG